GCUGAAAUUAUGUUUCAUUAUAACUGAAAGAUCAUCGUUCUGCAGAUCAUAAUAGAAUGUCUGGAAAUUCUGAGAUCAUUUCUAAAACUCCAGGAAAAAAUUCCACCAAGAGAAAUUAUGGUAUUAAUGUAAAGAAGUUCUGCAAAGGGGUUGUUUCCGGCAUAGAUACAAAGAAAGCCUUAAAGAAUGUAUGGAAUGGAUUUGCUCUCCUUAUUCUAUCUUCUGCUUUUGUUUAUCAAAUCAUGGUCUUCUUCAACCACGUUUACGAAUACCCUACAGUUUUGAAUAUUGAUAUUAUCAAACCGGAAGCCAUCUUGGCACCUGGAAUAGUUUUUUGCACUAAUUCAAGAUAUAAUAGAGAUAAGUUUUGUCAGACAUAUCCAGAUUACUGCGUUUCAACUGAUGCGGAGUUUUGCAAACUGCACAAAGACUACUGUGAAAUAACUAAUAUUAGGGUAAAAGAAGAACAUUAUACAAAUUUGAGAAGCCCUGAGUUCAAGUACAACAUUACACACACACUUGCUGAGGGGACUUUCGAAUAUGGAGUAGAAGCAUACUACUCAUACAAACUAUUCGAAGAUCGUAGCGAUUGUAUUUUGCUUGUCCCAAUUGCAGAAAAUAGAGAUGGACUAAAGUACCUACGCCAAACGAAAGAAGAUUUAUUUCACUCUUCUAAGCAGCAUGACGCAUCAAAAUGGGGCCGUUUGUUAUAUCUCCAUUUUGAGCCACCUGAAAUAUUAGAUCUUCAUAAUCCACUCGAGACUUACUUUGCUGUUAAUUCACAAUUCGAUGAAGAGAUUGAUUUGGAAACUGAAAGCCUACAGUAUUUGAAACCUGGCAUGCGUUAUAAAAUCCUAAUUGAAACAAAAGAGGAGAGGAGAUUGCCCCAUCCUUAUAAAACAAACUGCACGGAUUAUAUAAAGCUUUGGAGGGAAAAUGGCAAGACCGGUCCACUAUCCAGAGAGUUAUGCGUUACCGAUUGCUACAAAAGAAUGUUUUCGAUAUUUGAUGAAUGCUUUGGAGUUAUAUAUCUAGAUGAUGAAAGUAAAGCAAAAUGCAAUUUCCGAAAGGGAUUAGAGAAAUGCACUGCUGGUUGUACUCAGGAUUGUGUGGAAACAAGCUAUACAGUUGCGGUAAAAGAAAGAACUGCGUCGUUCGUAAACAAACAUGGUACUACAGUUGAAGUGUAUAUGAAUUAUGCUGAACAAGUCAUUUAUGAGUUCAGUCAAAAAUAUGAGGAAGUGGAAAUAUUCAGUUACAUUGGAGGAUUUCUGGGUAUAUGGCUCGGUGUUUCUUUUGUUCAGGUAACUGACUUCAUCCGUUACUGUUUUGUUAGCGGCUGGAGAUGUUUCACCAAGAAAAAGCGUGCGAAAUGUAACUUAGAUGAAAUUUAAUAACCUUUAUCGAAUCGAAAUGAAGAUUCUGAACAUUCCUUUCCUGCAGAAACCCUUUCCUUACUUUUUGUUACCAAUCUUUUACUGUCUAAUUAAUGUCAGCAUAAUGUUUUGUGUAUAUCUAAAUAAAUUUCAUAUACUUGAA